ACAAAAAUCCCAAAACAAAAUAAGCAGACAACUUCGGUGGCAGAGCAGUAGAUAGACACCGCACCACUUCCCCGCCGACUCAAAACCACUGGCAAUUCACCUCCCGAAACACACACACACACACACACACAUACAUACAUGUGUAUGUAUAAUUAGGUCAUAGGAGCGAAGAAUUUCACGGCCUAAUUAUCAGACGAUCGGAGCAAACCCGCCUGAAAUUGACGAAGAACUCCGAUCACCGUAGCGAUAGAGGAGCUCUGGUAUAUGGUGGAUGGUGACGUGUCACGAUCGCAAUGGGUAUGGCGGGUUCUAAGUUGGAGAAGGCACUGGGCGAACAAUUUCCCGAAGGCGAACGCUACUUUGGUUUGGAGAAUUUCGGAAACACUUGCUAUUGCAACAGUGUUCUCCAGGCUCUUUACUUUUGCGUCCCGUUUCGCGAGCAACUGCUGGAGUAUUAUUCAGACAACAAAAACUCGGGCGAAGCAGAUGAUAAUAUCUUGACAUGUCUUGCAGAAUUGUUCUCACAGAUAAGUUCACACAAGAAGAAAACAGGUGUAAUAGCUCCAAAACGCUUUGUACAUCGAGUUCGAAGGGACAACGAGAGUUUUCGAUCGUACAUGCAUCAGGAUGCACAUGAAUUCUUGAAUUUUGUGCUGAAUAAACUAGUUGAGAUAAUGGAGAAAGAGUCUCACAAAGUGACAAGUGCGCCACAAACGGUUUCGGUGGAGGAUGCUGUAAACGAACCAACCAAUGGUCGGAUCAACGGUUCUAAUGAACCCUUUUUCAGUUGGGUCCAUAAAGUUUUUCAGGGUAUUCUUACAAACGAGACGAGGUGUUUAAGGUGCGAGACAGUCACCGCAAGAGACGAGAUAUUCCUAGACUUGAGCAUCGAUAUCGAACAAAACAGCUCGUUAAGUGGCUGCCUCAAGAACUUCAGCUCCACCGAAACUCUAAUCGCCGACGAAAAAUUCUUCUGCGACAACUGCUCUAGUUUGCAAGAAGCGCAAAAAAGGCUGAAGAUAAAGAAACCGCCACGUAUACUAGUGAUCCACCUCAAGCGGUUCAAAUUCGUCGAGCAGAGGCACAAGAAGCUGUCGUACCGCGUGGUGUUUCCGUUGGAGCUGAAGCUGAACAACACAGUGGAAGGUGCGGACUGUGAAUACUCGUUAUCGUCUGUGGUGGUCCACGUGGGAAGUGGGCCCAACCACGGGCAUUACGUGAGUAUAGUCAAGAGCCAUGAUCGAUGGCUGUGCUUCGACGAUGAGAACGUGGAGAUGGUCGACGAGUCGGUUAUUCAGAACUUUUUUGGGUGUUCGCCGGAGUAUUCGAGCAAUACGGAUAUUGGGUAUAUUCUCUUCUACGAGAGGCUUGUGUGUGGGGACCACCAGUGGUGAAGUAGAAGUCAUGUUGUAAAUAUUGAUCGAAGGUUGACUUUUUGAGAUUAUAGAUGGGUGACUGGGUAAACUUAUAUAUGUUUUUCAGUAUAUUAUUAUUGAAAAAAUAUAGUAUUCGUCCCUCAUGUU